CCAUAACCUUCUUCUACCACCAAACAACAUUAGCAAGUCCUGUCCCCCCCGAUCACGACUCUUCCUAGACCCCCGCUUGGACCUCCCUCACUCCCUCUCUCUAUGAAAUCUUCGAAUUACAGUAAUUAACUAUAAUUGUUUUCUUCUCUAAGUUUCAUUAGUCAUUAGCUUCUUUGUUUCCGGCCAAAUAAACUUCAUCCAUUUUACUUGCUUUUAUAAGGUUUGUUUUUUCGGUUGUAUGUAUAAAUUUGGCUGAUAUCUUGUUAUCUGAAAGUUGCUUCUUCAUAUCUUCGAUUUUUGCUUCGGGUGCCCCCGACUCAGGCCGAAAUCGACUUCUCCCUGCGAAUUCGAGUUUUUGUUGAAGGUUGUGGAUAAGAUGAUGAAUCAAGGAGGUAGUACUGAGACCAUUGCUCCCGCGCAGACCAAUUCCCUGGAGAAUUGGCACAUACUUGAUGCAAACCAAGGACAAACUUCUUCAUAUUUUCCCCCAACAACUGGGCCAGAAGCCAUAUCAUGGACCAUCCACCAGGCGGAUCAUAGCUCCACCCAGAAUGGGAUCCUUUCUAGCUCCACUUCCACUUAUCAAUAUGACUACCAUGCACAGCCACCGACAAGAAAUGUUCAAGAUGGCCAGAAUGCAGCAUCCGUCCCUUCUAGUUCAUCAAGUUUGGGAUCAGCAAAUGUGUCGCAUGAUUUUAAUGGCUAUGCACUAUACCCUAAUUCUACAGAUCCAUAUGGAAGCUCUGGAUACCUGGGUUACUGUAAUAGCCAUCAGCAGCAGCAGUCCAACCAUUCCAGCUAUCAACAGCAGCAGCCUAACCAUUCCAGCUAUCAACAGCAGCAUUCUAACCAUUCCUACUCACAGCCUGUAGGAGCAUUUCAAAACACAGGUGCUCCUUAUCAGCCUCUUUCCUCAUUUCAGAAUACAGGGUCUUAUGCUGGGCCUGCAAGUUAUUCAAGCACUUACUACAAUCCUGGUGAUUAUCAGACAGCUGGAGGUUACCCAAGUAGCGGUUACAGUAAUCAGACUGCAUUGUGGAAUGAUGGCACUUAUACAAAUUACGCUACCCAUCAAUAUGCAAACUACAAUCCAGACUCAACUGGUACUUAUAGCUCAAGUACUGCGCCUGCACCCUCCCUACAUUAUCAAAAGCAGUGCAAGCAAUGGGUAGACUAUUAUGGUCAAACAGAAGUCAGCUGUGCUCCUGGCACGGAAAAUAUCUCUACUGCUAAUAAGUCUCAUGUUGCAUGUCCAGUUCCUGGUGUUAGUGGUGGAUAUGAAACUUCGAAUAGCCAGACACCACCUUCUUACACCCCAUCUUGGAGGCCAGAUUCCAGUUCAUCUGACUUGCCCUUGGUGCAGCCUAUUGUAGGAAUUAGUGGUUCCAAUGAUAUUUACUGGCAUGAUGGAGCUCCAAGUUUGCAAGUUCUCCAUACUAGUCCCUUGCAAUCCCAAUCUCAAAAGCCUCUGGAUCCGAAAACUUCUUAUGAUAGCUUUCAGGAUCAACAGAAAACCAUGUAUUCUCAAGGGCCUAGUGUACAUUAUCCUGCUACUCAUCAGGUGCCUCAGAGUUAUCAAUCACCCAUGCAAACUGUUCCAUCUUUGGAUACACAAAGGGUAAGCAAACUGCAGAUUCUAACAAACCCUAGAAUUGCUUCGAAUUUGACCUUCAAUUUACCGAAAAUCGACAAGGAUAGCUCUGCAACAAGUGCAGCAUCAAAACCUGCUUAUGUUAGUGUUUCACUUCCAACUGCAACUCAGAAAGUAAUGUCUGAUAAUGCUGCUGAUUCUGUACUUAAGCCUGGUAUGUUCCCCAAAUCACUACGUGGUUAUGUUGAAAGGGCGUUGUCUCGCUGUAAAGAUGACACACAGAUGGCAGCCUGUCAGGCUGUCAUGAAGGAGUUGAUCACAAGGGCAACUGCUGAUGGUACACUUAACACACGAGACUGGGAUAUUGAACCUCUUUUCCCACUACCAAAUGUGGGUGCAGUCAACAAAGACAGUUUUCAGUGCUCAACCCCAGGUUUGGCAUUGCCAGAGUACAAAAGAAGUCCUAGUAGACGAUCUAAAAGUAGGUGGGAGCCUUUACUGGAGGAGAAACCACUUGAUAAAUCAGCAUCUACUGUAAAUAACACUGUGAAAUAUGGUGGCUGGAUGAAUGCGAAGGAGAGGAACAGAAAGCCUUUUGUGGGGGAUAAUGAAAGCAAGGAGAAUAAUUUGAGUGGUGCAAAAUACUCUCCACUGGACCAGAAAAAUGCAAGUAAGAAUACCCAGAGGCUGGUUAAGAAGCAACGUUUUGCUGAUGGUUUAAAUGCUGCUGAUAAAGGUGAUGCAUCUGGUGAUAGCGAUAAGGAACAAAGUUUAACUGCUUAUUACUCUAGUGCAAUAGCACUUGCGAAUACACCAGAGGAAAGAAAGAGACGUGAAAAUCGCUCUAAGCGUUUUGAAAAACGGCAAGGGCAAGGACAAGCAGAAACCAAUCACUUUAAACAAAAAAAUGCUGGAGGAGGAAACCUGUACAGUAGAAGGAUUAGUGCCCUGAUGCUUAGCAAGAACUUUGAAGAUGGUGGCACCAGGGCCGUUGAGGACAUUGAUUGGGAUUCCCUUACUGUCAAGGGGACCUGUCAGGAGAUUGAGAAACGUUAUUUGCGUCUUACUUCUGCACCUGAUCCCGCCAGUGUAAGACCAGAAGAAGUAUUAGAAAAAGCUCUGGAUAUGGUUCAGAAAUCUCAAAAGAAUUACCUAUAUAAGUGUGAUCAGUUGAAGUCUAUUCGGCAAGAUCUAACCGUACAACAUAUUCGCAAUCAGCUAACAGUAAAGGUGUAUGAAACCCAUGCCCGAUUAGCUUUGGAGGUUGGGGACUUGCCCGAGAAUAAUCAGUGCCAAUCGCAAUUGCAAACCCUUUAUGCGGAAGGUAUUGAGGGAUGCCAUAUGGAGUUUUCUGCGUACCACUUACUCUGUGUCAUUUUGCACUCCAAUAAUUACAGAGAUCUCUUAUCAUCGAUGUCAAGAUUAUCAAUUGAAGCGAAAAGGGAUGAAGCUGUAAAACACGCCCUUGCAGUUCGUGCAGCCGUCACUUUGGGAAAUUAUGUCUUAUUUUUUAGACUAUACAAGACAGCCCCUAACUUGAAUUCCUGCCUUAUGGAUCUCUAUGUUGAGAAGAUGCGGUAUAAGGCCGUGAGCUGCAUGUCUCGCUCGCAUCGCCCAACAAUACCUGUUUCAUACAUUGCGCAGGUGCUGGGCUUCACCACACUAAGGAAUGAAGGAAGUGAUGACAAGGACUCGGAUGGAUUAGGGGAGUGUGUGGAUUGGUUAAAGGCACAUGGUGCAUGCCUUACUGCAGAUAACAAUGAAAAGAUGCAACUUGAUACAAAAGCUUCAUGUUCAAGUCUUUACAUGCCAGAGCCGGAAGAUGCGGUGGCCCAUGGAGACACUAGUCUUGCCGUUAAUGAUUUUCUGACGCGAACAUCCUUAUAGUUGGAGUUGAUUGCACCCAAAUGUGUUUGUGCAUUAUUAGUGAGAAAAUGAGUGGAAAAUCCCAACUCCUUCACGAUCUGUUUCAUUAUGAAAGGGGUUGAUAUAUAUCCGUCGACUGGAACUUUGGAGGA